AUGGAGCGAUCUAAAGCCCGUCGACCCUUCAAGGAUCAAUAUCUAAUCGCCUACAAUGCUGUCUCUGUGGUGCUCUGGUUUGGUGUCGUAGGCCGCACACUCCUCCUACUGCCGCUCGUCGGGCACGAAAACGUCUACGCUGGUGUAGGGAACUACACAAAAUGGGCGCAGACAUUGGCAAUCUUGGAAGUGUUCCACAUUCUUCUUGGUCUCCUCCGAAGCUCCUUCUCCACAACCCUCCUCCAGGUCUCCUCCCGAAUCCUCCUAGUGUGGGGUGUCUGCAGCCCCUUCGAACAGCCCAAGAGCUCGUUCUUUUACUCGACCAUGCUCCUCGCCUGGGGGGUCACCGAGAUUUGCCGCUAUAGCUACUACGUGACCAGCAUCGUUGGCCGGACACCGGCGUUCUUGACCUGGUUGAGGUAUAACACCUUCUACGUCCUGUAUCCUAUGGGCGCUGGCAGCGAGGCGCUCUGCAUCUACCGCGCUCUUAGCGAGGCGAGGUCUUACAAUGAGAUUUUGUACUGGGUCUUUGUUGGGAUUUUGGUUACAUAUCCCCCUGGAUUGUAUAACCAAUACACUCAUAUGAUUAAGCAGCGGAGGAAGAACAUUCGUGGAAAGAAGAGGGAGAAAUAAACAGUGGAUGCAUGGAUUCAUGGCUUAUUUGGAGUGGAGGAGAGGAGAAGGGUUUUAUGUGAUGACUAUUGGCAGGCGCCUCUGCUUAUACUCGAGUACCGUACCGUACUUGCUCCUGAAAAUUAUGAUAUGAUAGGCUCCCAAUGGAGAUCUUAUUCGCGGUUCGCCACAUUUCAAA